AUUAAUGGUACAAUUACUUGAAAAACCCUAUCAACAAAAAACUCGAAAAACCCUAAUUCUCUGACUCUCUGUGAUAGAAGUCAGAAAAAAUAUCGCCCAUUUGGGCUCACCUCCAUUUUGUGCACAUUUCUCGUACUGCUGUUUUCCCGCCAAUUUUGAAGCCUCGUCGACGGCGUUGUUGAAAGCAGCUCUGGGCUCCAUGGACUUCGAACCAGAAUUUCCAAAAACCACAAACACAAGGUACAAAUGUGCUGCAUGCUACAAGCAGUAUAAGAAAAAGGAACAUCUUGUCGAGCACAUUAAUGUCUCGUUCCAUUCAGUUCAUCAGCCUAGAUGUGGAGUGUGUAAAAAGCACUUCAAAUCUUUUGAAUCACAGAGGGAGCAUGUCACUGGACCACUGGCAAAAGAAAAUUGCAAGAGGGUUUUCUCUGAACAAGGUUGUGAUCUAUGUUUGAAGAUUUUUGAUAGCCCUAAUUCUCUGAGCGCGCAUAAAUAUAUGUGUCGCCUAUCUGCACCUGUUCCUCUGGUAACAAUGAUGGAGCGAUGUGCAGAAUUUAAACAUGAUAUAAACUCCAGCAACGAAUAUCACAUUGGGGAUGGUACAGAAGCAAUUGCUCUGGAUUGUGAAAUGGUUGCUGGUGGAAGUGAUGGAUCACUGGACCUGUGUGCAAGGGUGUGCCUGAUUGAUGAAGACGAGACUAUCCUCUUCCACACUUAUGUGCAGCCCCAAUAUCCUGUCGUUAAUUACAGAUAUGAAGUUACUGGGUUAACAGAAGAGCAUCUCAGAGAUGGCAUGCCACUCCAAAAAGUGCAAGAUAAGGUUUUGCAAAUUUUGUAUAAUGGAAAGACCAAGCUUCUUGUGGGGCAUAGUUUAGAGAAUGAUUUGGAUUGCUUGAGAAUAAACUAUCCUGAUUACCUGCUGAGGGAUACUGCAAACUACCAUCCUCUGAUGAAAACAAAUCUGGUUAGCCACCCGCUCAAGUACCUCACCAGAACAUAUCUAGGGUAUGAUAUCCAGUCAGGUUUUCAUGAUCCAUAUGAAGAUUGUGUGUCUGCUAUGAGACUCUACAAAAGGUUCUGUGCGCUAGAUCAUCAGAAAGAAGGCAAUGUGGCUUCACUUGCUAUGCUGUGUGCAAAAGACAUCCCUGGGAGUUUUGAUUCUUGGGAAACCGACAAACUUGAGAAGAUGACGCUCGAUGAGCUUUAUGAAAUGUCGAAACCAAACUACAAAUGUUGGUGCCUGGAUUCAGUGCAAGCAAUGCAACCUCAGCAUUAGAUUCUCACUUGAAGUAAAGUUAUUGCAAUUUUCGUUCACAUACCGCAGGAUUGACAGAAACAUCACAUGUAGGAAUUACAAGUCUGAAGCUGUUGGAGAUUCUGAGCAAGGGUACCAUCGCACAUAUGUAGUAGGAAUCUUGUUAGGGGUCAUGCCUUAAUGUUAUAUAAGUUUGUUCAUGCCUCCUUUUUCGUCAUCGGUCUCGGAUGGUGAAAUGAUGCAAAUUCUCUAAGGCCCCGUUUGGUUUGGGAGAGAGGAUUUGCAUUUGCAUUUAGAUUUCAAAUCUAUGGAUAUAAUUUCAUGACAUGAUUUUGCU